CAGGCAGGAACAAUUAUCUGAAAGCUCGCGAUAUCAAGAACACAGGCUCCUAUCACCUUGACAACCGCGUAAUUUUCGCGUGCGACGAGAGGAAAGAGCCGUUUCGUCGCCCGGUAUAUAUAUCUGCAUUCGAUACAGCUCUUGACUUUUUUAUUCGACUCCAAAACUCGCUGGCUGGCUUAGGGUCGCUCUGUACAACCGCGACAGUGCCCGUCCCCCGGUCUUGCGCUGGCCCUUUUUCCUCGUGCAAUCAACCAUCAUUCGCGAGUCAAUUCUUUCCAGCUGCAUAUAGAACGCAACCGACAAAAUGGCGUUCUCUUCUUUUGCCAGCGCACCGAACGCAAUGGCAGCGGCAGGCGGCAAUGCUGGCGCUGAUGCUAGCUCUAGUUCUGGUCCUGAACUGCAAACUAUUCAGACAGAGGCUCUCGGAUUUCUUUCGAUUGCGGGCGAUGCAAAAGUACGACUAACUUCGCCCUGGGAAAACGCCCCCUCGAAUUCGUCGUCUCUCCUUAGCAUUGCAUCUCGAAAAGGCUUGAUAGCCGCCGCUGGUCCUGACCAUAUUUCAUUUUCGUCUACCGAAUCAGUACGAAAGGCCUUCGAAUCUCCCAAGGAUGGCGACUCCGACAUUCGCAAGUACCAACCUCAGCUGAACAUUCCCAUGCCAAUGCGCAUCUCUCAAGUAGCGUUCACGGCAGAUGAAAACUACUUGAUUCUCUCUGCAGAAACUGGAGGUGGUCUAGCUGUUUACGAGGUCGCUUCUCUGCUUCAAGGCUCAACAAACUCUGCUUUCGAACUUCCGACUGGUGGCGAGACUCUUCGCUCGCUCAUCCCGAAUCCUACAGUCGAACGAGCCGAACUGUGUGCCAUUGUAACAAGUUCUGGAAGCCUGCACAUGGCCAACUUGAAGGACAAACAGCUCAGCAAUCCUCUCAAGAGCCAGGUUAGCUGUCUCAGCUGGAGUGCCAAGGGCAAGCAGCUCUGUGCCGGCCUCGCAGACGGAACAAUUGUACAAAUGACACCAGAGGGAGACACAAAAGCCCAAAUCCCCAUCCCUCCGGGCUUUAGCAACUGUCACGUAUCAUCGCUUACAUGGCUGGAGAACCAUCUCUUCUUGGCUAUCUAUACAAUCAAUGGGCAAACAUCGUCAACGUACCAGAUCAUCACUAGACAACCGCCGUCUAGCUUUACAUUUCAAAAGAUUAAUGACCCUGUCCAGCCCUACGGUGGAGAUAAAGCACCCCACCACACUUUGCUGAGACUGAGAGACUUCCCGCCUGACCUCCAGGACUUGCUUAUUGUUGCAUCUACUGCGUCUACUGAAGUCGGCCUUCUUAGUCGGUCUACCAAGGCGUUGGCCGCCGACAACCAAGUGACUGGCGCGUUCACCAUGACAGAGCUGCUAGAUGAUACGAAACGACCAACAUUACCGAUGACUGAUUCUUAUGCAGACUCGGUCCCUGUUGGUGUUGCUCUCGACUUAUCCGCCACCGAAAAGGUGUACCGACCAAUCCCUUCUGAAGAAGAGUUGAACGAGUCCCACACCGCUCUCCCCGGUCUUUGGAUUCUUACACAUGAGGGUGUUUUGUGUUCCUGGUGGUUGGUAUAUACGGACUCUGUGAAACAGGCAAAGGCAUACCCUGGCCUUACUGUUGCAGGCGGUGCUUCUGCUCCUGCUCCCGCAGCACAAGCAGCUCCUGCAGCAACACCCGCCAACCCGUUUGCUUCUUCAUCCGCAUCGCCGUUCGGAGCCACCGCUCCAGCCGCUGGUGGUUCCGCCUUUGGAGCAUCAUCCCAGCUUGGACAAAAAGCAUCGCCGUGGGGCGCAAGCACAACUGCCCCUGCCGCAACUGGCGGUCCAACCUUUGGAUCUAGCACGUUUGGAAGUUCAACACCGGCAUCUAACACAGCCUUUGGAAAGACAUCGUCCCUCGGGUUUGGUCAGUCAUCUCAACUUGGUCUUAAAAGCUCACCUUGGGGCGCUGCAGGCGCAACCGGAGGCUCAGCUUUUGGACAGUCCGGGUUUGCAAGCUUUGCGAAUAAGAGCGGUAACCAGAGCGCCUUCGGGUCUCCUUCUGUCAAUGCUGCUCCAGCGGAAAAGCCCGCUGCGGCACCUGCACCCAGUGGCUUCGCCAGCUUUGCCAGCCAAGGCGGAUUUGGCUCUCUUGGAGGAAAUACGUCGACAGGCGUCUUCGGUAGCGGUAGCAAACCCUCCGUUACUCCUUUUGGUGCUCUAACAUCUUCCACGAAUAACACAAACAGUAGCAAUCCAUUUGCAGUCAAGUCGGAGGACAAGCUGGCUGGCAGUGUAUUUGGUUCUACGCCCUUUAAACUGGAAAGCUCCUUCAAACCAGACGGCUCAGCAAAGGAUGAUGCUCCUAAGCCCACCGGCUCGGGUUCUUCCAUGUUUGGUUCUGCCUUUGGCUCGGCUCUUACUAACAGUUCCAGCAAGGCUGACUCAACUCCCGCUGCGAAAGACGAGGAUAUGGAUGUUGGAGAGGCUCGCGAAGAGCCACCCCAACCUAAAGCUCCUACUAGCUCUCUCUUUUCUCCUAAGCCCGCGGUUGAGUCAACUACUCCCACAACAACCCCCGCGGCACCUAGAUUUGGGGAGCCUGCCACACCGGCUCCCGGAACGUCUCUUUUCGGACAGCCUACAAAGCUUGGGGGAAGCUUUGCCAGCGGUGGUCUCUUUGGUUCCAGCUCGACGACACCAAAGCAGACUUCGUCCAUCUUUGGGCAACCUAAGACUAGUGAGCCGAAGAUCAAGGUUGAGGACGAACCCGAGGCACCGUUGCCACCUGACUCGACUAGCAAAGCUGCAUACCCAUUGGGUGACUCUUCUGCCUCAUCUGCUGCUUCAAGUGCCCCUAGCCAACCGUUUGGCGCUCUAGUGACACCCGCCAAGCCUGACCCUGCUCCUUUCCCACCGUUUAGCAUGACACCAAAGCCAUCGAAGCCUGCUGAGGAUUCACCCCUUCCACCAGAUUUCACCAAGAGCAAACCGCCUGAGCCAGCGUUGCCUCCAAUUGCAGCAUCUAAAGCAGCGAGUACGACUAAGCCGGUGAAUGAUGCCCCCCUUCCACCAGACUUUACCACGUCUAUCAAGAAGAGCAUUGAGGCCCCCCUUCCUCCCGAUCCUACCAAGCCUUCUUCAGCAGCGUCUAGCUUUGUUCUUCCCAAGGCUCCUUCUAAGGAAAGCUCAAACUUACCUGCAUUUACGGAUGGUUCUGAUGAUGAAGAGGAAGAAGAGGAAGAAGAGGACGAACAAGAAGAGGAGGAAGAGGAAGAGGAACAAGAAGAAGAGGAUGAUGAUGAUGAUGAGGCAGAAUUCGAUGAAGAAGAUGGGUCUGAGGGCAGUGGCGUUGACGUUGCCAAAGAUCUCAGCCCUCAAACUCAUGGUUUCAUGCACACUCCUGGAUACACCCCCCAGAGCUCGUUUGACGGAUUUGCAAGCACUACACCAGCGACCGAACGACCGCAAGAGUCGCGCACCCUAUUCGGCGAGAUUACCCGUCAAGCUCCUCUCUUUGGCCGUCCUAGCGCCCCUAGUCCUAGAUCUCCUAGUCCUCUUCGCAACGCUAUUCCUGAUCGCGUCAUCCGCUCAGAGGCAUCUCGAUCAGUCAGUGCGCCGGGAAUGGCAUCGCAAAUUCUGGGACCCAAGGCUUCCCAAUCUCAGCGUGGAGUUGGGGCUAUCCCCCGUCAGCCCGAUGCGGUUGAUCCCUUCAUGCUCCAGCACAGAAAGCUGCGGGAGAAGCAAGAGGCUGAAGAAGCGCAGCCUUUGGUUGAUGAAGAAGGAGACGAAAUCCAACGCAUCCUGGCAUCCGAAAUUGAAGGCACGUUGGAGCUAGACGAGUUUAUCGCCCACUCCAACGUUGCUCCACCGGCCAAAGAAAGCAUCCCGGCCCAAGUCGAAGCUGUAUAUCGCGAUAUUAACUCAAUGAUCGAUACACUGGGACUAAACGCUAGAACCAUUACGGCAUUUACCAAGGGACACAUCGAAAGUGCCAACGAGGAUGGCCGUGGUCCUGAGGACCUGGAAAUUCCCGACGACUGGGUCCUAUGCGAAGUUGAGGAUCUUGGCGAUGUUCUCGACAACGAACUCUACACCGAUCUCGAAGAAGGCCAGGUUCAAGACCUAGAGGACAAGCUUGAUGGAUGCCAAGACCUUGCGAAGGAUGUCCAGCGUCUUCGAGCGAAGCAGGAAGACCUCCGCCGAGUCAUCAUGGCGCGAAUGGACCCUAACCAAGCUGAUGUUGCUCGCUCGCUGCCUUUGAGCGCCGAGCAGAGCGCUCAGCAGAAUGAGCUUCGAAGAGAAUUUGCUGCUUUCUCGAAACUCCUUUCGGAGGCUGAGGAAGCUACUACGCUGCUGAAGGCUAGAAUUGCAUCAGCAUCCAGCUCAACUGGUCGCGGCAGCACCAACGUCCCAACGGUUGAGGCUGUCAUGCGCACCAUUUCGAAAAUGACAACAAUGGUUGAGAAGCGCAGCGGCGAUGUUGACGUACUUGAGACACAACUCCGCAAAAUCCGCCUGGCGUCUGCUAGCCGAGAUGGUUCGCCAAUGGCUACGCCCCAGGCGAGAAGAAGCAUCAUGAUGUCGCCGGAUUCUACUCCUGCGCGCAACUUGCGCCAAAGUUUGUCGUCGAGCAUAGCAUUUGGCUCUACAGUCCGAGCCACCCCGCCAAGAAAGAAGCUCAGCGGCUUCAGCAAAGAAGAAAAGGGAGACUUGAUGGAGAAGAGAGCCCGUAGACAGGCCGUAUUAGAGAAGCUAAAGGGCAGCGUCGAGAAGCGCGGCGUCAACGUUUGGAACCUCGAAGAUAUUGAAUGAGGUAGAGAUUGAUUAGGAUGUUGGACGAAUAAUUAUAUCUAUAAGGACUUGAUGUCCUAGUGUUAGUUUUAGGCAUUGUAACAAUUGAUGAAUAUUUCUUUUUCUUAUAU